AGAUCUCUGCACGGCGACAGCAGGGACUGGGAACAAAGUCAACAGGAGGCCGCGAACUUAUCUGCUACUAUAAAUGAAAUUCUGGACUCAUACGAUUCCAAAUUACGACCUAAUGCUGGUGGUAAGUGUCUGCUAAAUAGACCCGUUGACGCUUUCUCUCCUUCCUGCCAGUCAUAAAGUUAAGCAUCUCGAACCUUCGUAUUUUGGGGGGAGCAAGGACGGCGCAUACAGUGGUGAGAGUACUCGCCUUCUUUCACCAAUGCGGCUCGAGUUCAAUCCAUCCUAGCGUCGACUCCAUAUGUGAGCUGAGUUUAUUGUUUGUUCUGUUAUUUUCUUUAAGAGGUUUUUCUCCGUGCUCUCCGGUUUUCCCCUCUCCUCCAAAACCAACAUUUCCAAUUCUAAUUCGAAUAGGAAUGGUAGACGAAUUAAGAACAGGACCACUCUGUGGCUGUGCUUCCUCUGAAUCGUUAUUUACUUAUUUAUUUAUCUAUCUGUUUAUUUCUUUUUUUAUUAUUUAGUUAGUUGUUUAUUUUUAAAAGUAGGUUGAGUUUGAUCGUCCGGGUGAACGUAGUCCUGAAUAGGACUGUUGUUGUUGUUGACAGUGACUGACGUUUCGACAACCUGUGCGGUAGACAUCUUCAGAGCCAAAGUGAGUUGUAUCACGUCAGUUGAUGGUAUUAUAGUCUGGUUAUUGAUCUGAUUGGUCAAUCACGUCUCGAUGUUAUUGGUCGUCUGUCAGUUAAGCCGUGAUGUUAUUGGCUAUGAAGACUCGUAAUCAGCAAUUGGUGCGUUUCGAUCCGUCUAUUGUCAUAGUUAAACAGUCGUCUAUUGUUAGUCAAAUUGUCAGUUCCCCAGUCAUUCUCUCGUAGUUAGUUUUGCUUGAUCUCGUCAAUAAGUCGUUUGUACGGCGCUGAUAACUGUUGGCUACGAUUCAGUGGCGUUUGUUCUAAGUUAGUAAACCAUAACAUUUUCUUCGAUCUCCUACACGCGAACUGUACCUCUUUAGUUACGUUACGUUGACGACAUCUUCACUGCCAUGCACAAAGACGAAAUCGACGAUUUUCACGAACACCUUAACAGACAGAACGCGGACAUACAGUUCACCAAGGAGAUCGAAGAAAAUGGUAAGAUACCUUUUGUAGACCGCUUGGUCACUCGCGACCACAACAAACUAAAAACGACUAUUUACAGAAAACCGACACAUACCGACCGAUUACUAGACCAGUCUUCGUACAACCUGACCUCUCACAACUAUCCGGACUCUGACGAGACGAGCGCAACUAGUUUGCGACUCACCUGACAGCCUACAAGACGAGACUGAUUAUCUUAACAAAGUUCUUAGUAAGAACAAUUACACCACGGACUUUGUUAGACGGAACACUCACAGUAACAGUGAUUCCAACACUCAGACCAGCUCUGGCCCUGUUACAACAGCGACUACACCGUACAUCAGAGGCACCUCUGAACUAUUGCACGUAUAUUACAACCUUACAAUAUACGUGUUGCACACAAACCGAUAACCACUUUACGGCGACCGCUUACUAAUGUCAAGGACAAAGACAAACCGGAGGACAGACAGGGAGCAGUAUACAAGAUUAAAUGCUGCGACUGCCAGGCUUCUUAAUUGGUGAAACCGGCAGAAACCUAAGCACGCGACUGACCAAACACAAACGAGCGACGAGGAAUGGUGACGUCAACAAUCACAUUGCUGAGCCGUGACCAUUUACAGACAAAACAUCAAAUAGGCCAUUUUACAGUUAUGGAUGGAAGCGACGCUGACGGUGACCUUGUUUUGGUACAAACCUUCCUGCUUUAUUAUGUAAAUCAAGUUAUUCUUAUGCUAACUAGUAUUUUUCAGGGACAAUUUACAUAACAAAGCAAAGGAGGUUUGUAUCAAAACAAGGUCACCGUCAGCCUGACAUUCACUCGAAGGCUAGGGUACUAAGUCCACAACUGCAAAAUAGUCUAUUGACUGGGACUCUGCGACAUGUAUAACGUAUUCUACAGACUGCUAUCAACGUCUUACUUUAGAAAGCUGGUUUACUAACUUAGAACAAACGCAACUGAAUCGUAGCCAACACUGUUACCAGCGCCGUACAAAAGACUUAUUGACGAGAUCAAGCAAAAUUAACUACGAGAGAAUGACUGGGGAACUGACAAUUUGACUAACAAUAGACGACUGUUUAACUAUGACAAUAGACGGAUCGAAACGCACCAAUUACUGAUUACGAGUCUUCAUAGCCAAUAACAUCACGGCUUAACUGACAGACGACCAAUAACAUCGCGACGUAAUUGACCAAUCAGAUCAAUAACCAGAGUAUAACACCAUCAAAUGACGUGAUACAACUCACUUUGACUCUGAAGAUGUCUACCGCACAGGUUGUCGAAACGUCAGUCACUGUCAACAACAACAACAGUCUUAUUCAGAACUACGUUCACCCGGACGAUCAAACUCAACCUACUUUUGAAAUGACCCCUGGGUUCAAACGUUUCACAGUUAUUUAUUUUUAACGUAAUAUUUUCCCUGCCAUGUGUUUAUAGGUCGUAAUUAAGUUGUAGAAGCCGCGUUCAUUGACUUUCCCUUUUUUUUAUUUUUGCUUUAAUUGGUUAUAGACUAACUGUUAUAGACUUUUUUUUCUCUUAAAGGUGUACCUGUGGAAGUUAAGGUUGAAAUCAAAGUUGUUUCGUUUGGAGAAUUAAAUGAAGCAAACAUGGUACGAGACUGUUCAUUUUCUCAUGUUAGCUAGAGCGAUGAGAAGUAGAAAGCACUAGGCAAUUGUAUAAUAAAUUCGUUCAUUUACGAGUUCCCUCAAUCUUAAUCAGGUAAAUGACGACAGAAAAGCGACCACGUUGAUCAUAGUUAGUUAAGUGGAAUGGUUAGAAGCCCUUCAGACUCCUUUGUUUAUGUGUUUUUGUGGACUUACAGUGCACAUCGUUCAAUAACAUUCCUAUCAUUUUGAUCUCACUAGCCAAUAAAAACACGUAGCAUUAAUUUAUUCCGUCACGAUUUGUGAACAAAAAAACAAAGAAUUUUGCACUGUAAGGAGCUCCUAACAUAAACUGCAGCACCGGUGUGUACCUUUGAUGUUUGCCGUCUAUCAUAACUGGCCACCUCUACUAGCUAUGCUUAGAUGAUGGUAUCUGAAUAACACUAAUAACACGGCCCUUCAAGAAUUGAAGAAGCAAGGUUAACAAUUGUCAACUUUGCCCGGGCACAACCCUUUUUAAUCUGCCCUAUAUAUAUUACGUAUUUCGCCCAUAUUCUUUCACAAUUUAGUUAAAGAAGUAUAAAAAAUAUGAAGUCGCAUUAAACUUUCCGUUCAAUUAUCUAUAUAAAUUUCUCUUGGUAACCCAGUGUCGUGUCUUCUCAUGCGCUGAUAUAGGAAUAUUCAAUGGAUUUAUUCUUCCGCCAGUGGUGGUAUGACCCAAGAUUCAAGCAUAAUUCCAGCACGCCAUUCACCAUGGCAGCAGAUCCUACUGAAAUGUUCUGGACACCAGAUACGUACUUCUUCAACGUGAAGAAAAUAAAGUACCACUUUGUGACACGUGAAAACAUGCGUGUUAUGAUUUACUCAACGGGUAAAAUUUACUUCAGUGCCCGGUGAGUAAGGAAAUGCAAAGCCGUUCAAUGUAACAAAUUAGCCAUAUAGUUAUAGCGGAGAGCAACCUCCAUUGCUUUAGAAAUUGGAAACCUUAUCGAGAAAACUUGGUUAUGCCCGUCCACUUACCCGCUCGUAGAGAGCGGCGGGAAGGGACUUAGUAGACAAGAAUUCCUCCCCUCCUCCCCUAGAGAGUUUUUUAUGUUCCUAUUGUUUUAAUAGGAGUAAGAAAGGAAAGGCUUUUGGUUGGAAGAUUUUUUUCUAUUUGAUGCACAGGUUUUUUUUUUUUUUUUUUUUUUUGUUGUUGUUGUUGUGUUUUUGCUGUAAACAUGCGAGUUUUAGCGAGAGUUUUUUUCAUGUCGGAUGUGUGUUUGCGGGAUAUUAAUGAGCUUACACAACAACGACGGUGAUGGUUACGAUGAUGCCGAAGUCUCCUAAAGUUAAGUAGGGAUCUGAAGAUUUAGUGGCUUACAGUUAGUACUGGUUUAAAGUUAAUUGCUUUAUUUUUCUAAACUGAAGUUUCGUUUUCAGCCCUGGAUAAAUCAAUAUAUUAUAUUACAUAAGCAGCAAAAGAAACGGCACGUUAAGUUCCAUACCACAGACUCACAGCUCUAGUUAAAACAAUCUCCUCUCGAUUAGUUUAUGAGCGCCUGCGCAGUACCAAUUUGUGUAAACACAUUAGAGGCUGGAAGCUAUCUCGCAUCUCCUACACGCUUCCCUCUGUUAAAUUAUGAUAAGAGACUGAGACAAAACAGGAUGACUGGGGAUCAGUCUGUCUAUCUUCUCUUCCUGGUCACCCUUGGGAAGAUAAUUAUUGUUUCGACUGAAAAAAAAAUGUUUGUCCCAGUGGCUUAAUAACUAAGUUAGAUGCUGAGAGAGCUGUACCUUUAAAAGUAGAUGCCAGCUGGUUCGAAUCCUGUAGAGGACCUGGCGGGAUUGCGUUCGGCCGCUAGUAUGAAAAUCAUGAUAUUUCUCCAUUGAAUUUCAUUUGUACAGUUCUUACAACGUACCGGUAUUGAUUUCAUAGGCAUCACUGAUUUGACAAAAAUAUUUUAUCCUUACUGUUUUUUUCUUUUAAGGAUAACAUUAACAGCCCAGUGUGAUAUGGACUUUCACCUUUACCCAAUGGAUACCCAACAUUGCUCCUUGGUUAUCGAAAGCUGUGAGUAUUGACUUCUCGUAAAAAUUCAAUAGACUGCAAUGUACACUUAUUGAGGGAAAUCGGUUAGUUUUGUUUAACCGAGAGUCGCAUCGGGAAACAUCAGGACUCAAGCAUAAAUGUUUUGUUAUAUUUCUGACUUUCACUUCAACAGCGAGAAAGAAUAAAGAAAGAAUCAAAACAAUGUCGGCACUAAUAAGCUUUAUAAGAACACAAAUUUAACUUUAAAAACCGCUGAACAAAUGAUCCACAGAGUACUUUUCUUGUGAUUUUCUGCACUUUUUUCAUCCACCUGCUGCUGUAUCUCUUCCUGGGUAGCUUUGAAAAUCGUUGCUUUUAACUUGAGGCUCCGUGUGUGUGCCGAAGUAUGCGUUCACGAAAGUGAAAACUGGCAGUUUUUUUUGUUGUUGUUGCUGUAUCCUGAGCGAGGUACAGUUUCUGAAUUGUAUCACAAAUCGGGAUAUAUAUAUUUGAAUUUAGUCAAGAUCACGUGACCAAGAAUCAACCAGUGGCAGUUCCUGUUUAGUUGAGUGAAAGUCUAGGAAUAUAACAACAACUUACGCAACGUUCCAAAACAAGUUGCACGCUUUUUUUCCCGUUUUACCGUUCCUUUAAAUUCAAUUUGUAACAGAAUAAAUUUUCUCUAUCAUUAGACGCGCACACUACAGAAGACAUAGAUUACAGAUGGCGAAGGACAAAGACGAACCAAGGAAAAGGGAUCGAGAUUGUAUCUCAAGAGAUGGCCCAGUUUGAACUGACCGGGAUAGAAACCAAGAUCAAGGAUACGGAAAACAGCAAAGGUUAAUAUUCUACAUCGAAAUCUCUGAGGUUGAGUUGUCGUCAUCGGCGGAGCUCCUGGAAGCUCAUUUGUUGAAAAAAUAUUCAAGAAAAAAUGAUAGCUUUAGGUUGGAUUAAAAAUUAGAUCAGAUUAAAAGCGCUUCAGACAUGCACAAUAGCAACUACUGUGGGAGGAGGUUCCUUAGACUUUCCUUAAUAGAUUAGAAAAUAUGACGAAUCUUGGUUAGAGGAACACUUAAACCAAAGCUGUGAAUGAAAAUUAGAUAAAAUGAGACGAUAGUAGUCAGGAUUGAUGUGACCAUACUCAAAAAAGACUUGUAGAGGUGAAAACCUAACCGGGCUGGUUGCAAAAAAAAAAGAAAACUGAAAGGGUGGCAAAACCUCUCUCCAUUUAAUCAUCGAAAAGUUUUCUGGUUAUGACACACAGGUAUCCCAGUAAAACCAAGAAGAAAAUGAUAUCAUUGCUUUUUCUUGCGUUGAACAAAAUCACACCAGGUCAUUGUGUUUUCAUUAUCAGGUUCUUUUGCUCGUCUCAGCGUCGUGUUUUCGUUCAAGCGCCGUCUGGAUUAUUUCGUGUCAUCCGUAUUUUCCCCCACGGUAACUCUGGUCAUCCUCUCGUGGUGCUGUUUUUGGAUAAACCGCCAUGCUGUUCCGGCACGCGUAUCCUUGGGAAUAACAACAAUACUCACCUCAAUUGUGCUUAGUGGCUCCAUGAAUCAAGAGAUGCCGCAAGUCAGUUACAUCAAAGCUCAAGACUAUUUCUUACUUGUCAGUUUUGGAUUUAUCUUUGUGUCAUUUCUAGAGUAUAUGAUAGUGUUGAAUUCGGAUCCUCGACCUGUAUGGUUUGGAUGGCUAAGAAGUUGCUGUGUUAAGGAAUCAGGAAAGGUAUCUAAUGUAAUGUAGACAGAUAUUAGUAAAUGUCUGGGGAAGGUACAUAUGAUUUAAUGCCAUGAAUAAAUGUCUGAAAUCCAGCUGAAGAGUUUGCUUUCCCUAAUAACAUAUCUAAAUCCACUAUCUUCAAAUAAAACUGUUAAAAAUGAUAAUUAAGCCAAGAUCAAGGGCGGCUGGGAGAGAACAGAGGGAAAAACUAGGGUGGUGUUCGAAACAAACAAAAAUGUUCAAAACCUUCCAGAUACUUGCUGCAAGUGUGAACAGAAUUAAGCACACAACUCGGAUCUUGGGUACUUCAUACUAUAGACACGAUGCAUGGAAAAGAUUCGUAUGACUUCAUGUUUGAUAGACUUCCGUCCGUUUAGUUGAGAGUUAUAUAUGUAUACAGGGCUAGGGGACAUUUCCUGAUGUACAUCAUAAUGCGCAUGUAUCUCAUUCGUGUGCAUUUCCUCAUACUGGCUAACAUUUGCUUUGUGUUUGUUCUACAAUAACAGGAUGAGAAAAGACCAUUACAAUUUGAGGAUGCGGUUACAGAAAAGGAGGUAAAGAAAUCUAUUCACGGACAGAUAUUUUUCGUAAUCGACCAAUUUCGAUAGAAAUUAUUGAAAUUCAUACUCGUUUCCGAGGCUUGGGGAAUAAAUCAAAAGAAGUGUAUUGUUCAUUGCUAAGCCUCAGGAUGAUUUCUUUUGUUUUAUUCCUCCAAGCCUCAGUGCCGAGAAUGAAUUUAAUAUAUCGAAAUUGGUGAAGAUCUAUUACAUGACGAAAGAGCCCCUCCAGGGAUUCCGCUUAAUAUAAUAUGAUGAGUAGCGAGCUUACGAUUCUGAUAUUUUUCGUUUGCAGACCAGUUAUAGCACAGAGCCUGAUAUGGAUUUAGAAGCGGAAACCAAUCACACCACUGAACACGAUAUGAUACACGGCCGUACGCAUGUUCGUAACGGCACCAUACCAAGGCGAAUAGUGGUGUCUAAUACAGAACAAGGGGCAACAGUUCUGUUACUAGAUAAAUACGGACAAAUGCGUAAUGGCGGGAAAACUCACAUCAACUCUGCAGCCAAACAAGAACUUUGUAAGAAGCCAAUUCGGGCCUGUACUCACUGGAUCGACAUGGUAUCCCGGAUCAUCUUCCCAGCCUCCUAUGCUGCCUUUUUGUUGGUAUUCUGGCAAAAAUUCGUUCAGGAAGGAAACAUGAAGGCUAUCAACAGCACUAAUUAACUCUUAAGUCUUUAUAAAGGCAGUUACUCCUGAAUUUUUCAUAAAAAGUAAAAAGCUAUUUUACCCUUGUCGGAAAUUGAAAAUUUUAUGAAGGUUUGUUAAUUUAUUUCAAUGACCGCAAAGAGAGUGGUGCACUAAUUAAAUCGAAGUUAAUGUUAAGGGACGGACCAUUAGCCGCCGGAAUUUUUUUUCGUUAGCAGAUUCCUUGUAUAAAUUUUUUUUUUAUUCCAUAGCAUGAAUAUUUUCUAGGGUUAAUUGGCGUGCAAGAAUUUUUUUUCAUUUAAUGUUCCCUUGCGCGAUUUUUUUCUUUCCCCGCCCCCAUAAGUUUUCUAAUGGUCCUUCCCCUGAGUUACGCUGUUUAUAAACUGUUUUCAGCAUUUUUUGACAAUGACAAUGUUCUAACUGGGCCUCUGCUGAGCGAUUGUCUGGUUUUGACGUAUUCUUAUAACCUGCCCUUUUAUGAUGCUGAGAGAUUGAGAACAUUGAGUUAGCAUAGCUCCGCGGUGGGGAAAAAAACUAAAGGCGAAAAACGGCUUUUAAUAUGCCAAAUAUGCUAAAGGAGAUCAUAUGGCCUGCACCACUCCAGUCAGUUUUUCUUAGAAAAAAGUAUGGCUUAACAUAGACUUUUAUCUGAUUGUAUGGUUGAAUUACAACUUUGAAUGUUUGAAUUUUUUUAUAAUAAUAGUAUUUGGUCGGGUAUUUUCCAAUAGUGCAACUUUUAUGACAAAAAUUAGAGAACAGUCUGUUAACCUUAUUACAGGCUUUUGUUUUCAAUCGUUGGUGAUAACAAUAAUAACCCCUUAAGAUUACAUAUCAGAGCGUUUAAAACUUGUCAUUUACUUUUCACGCAUUUAAGAAUUAAAUAGAAAUCACAAUUAUAGUUAUAAUUAUAUAGAAGAUAUAUCCGACUCUUAAGUUUGUCAAGAAUAGUUUCUGUGAUCGAGUGUCCCGUCUGUCAUUAAUUAAACACGAAUACAAUUAUCGUGGAUAGAUAUUUCCUUCUUCAUCUUCUUAUUCUUAUUCAAGUUCUUCUUCUUUCCCAUGCAUUUUACGUUUGAGCAAAACGAUCAGUAGGAUGAGAAUCAAGAGGAUCUCACUUUCACCCUAAGGGGGGAGGGCAUUAAAUUUUGAGGGAGUGGCACAUCAAAAACAAUACCUUGUGAUAGAUAACUAGGAGAAAAUCUGCAUAAGGAACGGCGGGAGAAAUUCAUAGAAUUCCCAUCUUCUUUUAAAAAUUUGUACAAUGGGAGUCUGAUAGGCAUAUUUAAAAAGAAGAGAAUCUAAUCUCUCUCAUCCUUUUCCGAUGAGAAAGGUUGAAAAGACAUAAUUUCAUCGCCCCCUACGAUAAACGAAUAUUGCUUUCAUGCCUGAGUCUGGGUGAAUUCACCCAGGUUCUCUCUCAGCUUUUUUAUAUUAUCAUUAGAGUAUAAUAUAUUAUGCGUAGUUUAAAUAUCUUUUACUUUUAUAUUGUAUCUAGGUAAUUCUUAAUUAUAAAUUGUCAGUGUCCCCAAAUUAGUAUGAGGCUGUUCCCAAGCUAUACGGCUCCGACACAUUAAUAAAGUUUUCUCUUCUCUUCUCUUCUCUUCUCUUCUCUUCUCUUCUCUUCCCUUCUCUUCUCUUCUCUUCCCUUCUCUUCUCUUCUCUUCUCUUCUAUUCUAUUCUAUUCUAUUCUAUUCAGGUAUGUGAGCAAUAUUUGUUAAGUUAAGGAUAAACACAAAAGCUGAAUUUGUUGGCUAUCUUCACACAGUGUAGAAAGAUCAUAUUGCUAAGGCUACAUAAUAUAUCGCGCCAUUCACUGCAAAACCUUUUAGUGUGAAAUGGUUUGAUAUUUCUAGAACAUUACAUGGUCGCUUGGUGACACGAAAUUUCUCUUCUCGUGUUUAAAAUACUUUUCAACACUCGAAGAGAUAUUUCGUAACUCCGAUCCUGGCGGCGAAAUAAUAUUCUCUAUGUAUCUCAUAUAGGUCCCUUUUUGUGAGAGAUAACUUUUGUCAAUCUACAUCCGGUCAGGAGAGAAUUUCUAAACUCAAGAGCACUGGACCUAUGCACAUGUUUGUGAUAAACUGAUACUUUUUUUCCCAUGAAAUGGGAGGAUUUCUCACCUAAUUAUUUCUAUUGUAGGUGAUCAAAAUGUCCCCUCUCCUCCCCCCAAAAAAAUAAAUUCCCAAAGUUUUCCAAUUUUUCAGUUUUACUGCAGAAAGCUGGCAUUCAUUCAGCGUUACCUUAAGCUUUUUAAUUGGCGAUAAUAUCAGUUCGCUCUUUGAUAGCCAGCUGAAUCUAAAGAUCCAUUUGAACGAACUCAUUAGAGACAACCACCAACUACUUCCUUCCCCCACCCCGCUUCCCCAUGCACUUAAUUCCAACGGCCUCGCACUUGAAAAACUGCUGCGCGGGCCCCUUGUUAGAAACAUUUCGGUGUUACUUAACCUGUUUCCACACUAUGCCAAAGUGGUCAAGGCAAGCUGAAAAUAGGAGGAGCUUUUAAUACAGCGAUCAUUGUAUUUUUCAACCCUGCGUUUAAGCAAAUUAAGAAAUGGACAAUUCAAAACAACAGGGGCACUCGCUGCGAGAGGCAAAACAAGAUUUAUCAGCAAAACGUUAUCAUCUAUUUUAUAACAGAGCCAAUACUUUAAAAGUUUCAAAAAUUCCAAAGUAACCAUCAAUAUAAGCAGUUUUUCGGGAAAACAGUUGAUCCAACUCGACAGACCGAACUUAAACUAUUGGUUUACAGAGUAGGACUUGAUAAAUAUAUAUACUUACUUUAUAGCCACCCCGGGACAACGAAAGCUCUUUACCCGAACUUUCAUUCCUCUAAAAAAAUACGAACAAACAAAGAAAGAAACUGACUAGGUGAAAAUUUGUAAAUUUCAUAGAAUAUCAACUCAUUUCAAUAGUUGGACUCUACUAAAGAAUAUUAUCUCAUUGUAGAGUUGAAAAAAAAAAUUUCGAGAAAAAUCAAUUUUACUUCACAGAAUCUUUACGUGAUCUAUUAUCUACUAUAAAUAUUUUUUUUUAUUUUCAGUAUUUUAAUCAAGAUUGCACCUAUAGCGGGUUCACGUAUGAUCCUAAGCCUAAUUAAAACGCAAUCGCUUUUCGAUAAAAUUAACCAUUCUCCCGGGAGGUUUAGGCGUGGAAACGUAUCUUGUUAUGACAUUCUUCACUCACUGAACCAAGAUACACUUUUCGAUUUGAAAUGUUUUGAUAGGAAGAUCAUGUAGAAGAGAAUAGAAUAAUUUCAAAAAAAUAAACUAUAGGAAAAAUCGCUUUGUAAAUUGUGACAGAAAUGUUUUAUUUUUACUUUAUUGAGGUAUUUAUUCGAUCAUACAUUAUUAACAACUGGUGUUUAGGCGCCCAAAGUGUUCUGUUAUCUUAAAUCCAUUGUAGGCAAUUGGUGCCUUUCAGUUUGUUUUGGAUUUCAAUCGCGCAGUUUAAUUCUUAUCAGUUCACUGUGCACCAGGGAAUUCAUUGGGCUAAAACAAAAGCAUUCCGUUGCAUUUCAACGUUUAUAUGAACGCAAGGUUCUUCUCGGUGUGGAGUUGGUGUGAAUAAUUCACCUUACAGUCGCGCUACCCCGAAUGGUAGGUAAGAUACUCACUAGCUUCUAAAUAUAAGCAGAGAAAGAGCUUAGGAAAAUAACUCUCAAUUAAAUUUAAAAGCGUUUACGUCUUUACUGGACAUCUAUAUAUAUAUAUAUAUAUACAUUUUUUUUGGUAUAUUACAGUGAUGUAAGACACUCCUUAAAUAGUGAGAAUUGCCGACAUAAUGCAAUUAUAUAAAAACAAAACUUUAGAACGAAAUAGAACGUUUCUGGGUGGUUAUAAAAUCAAAAUUAAGUUCCUUCAAUUGAAUAACGUCGGGAUGAGAGAAGCUUUCUAAGUUCCAACAGCUGUUUCAACAUUAAGUAAUUUUUUUUCCCUAGAAUCCCCAGUCAACGUUAACGUUGAGGCUAUAAUCAAUUACUAACAGUAUUCAUGUUAAACAUACUGCAUAAUGUUGAGUCCUAUCUAAAACUAUCAGCGAACUGACGAAACAAAUCAACCUUUAUUCAUCCCUUUUAUGGCGAUAUACUAAGCAUUUAAAUUCAGAUUAAUUUACUUAGUAGUCUGACGUUAGAGGAAGUUAAAGGAAGUUUAGGAAACUCUUAUGUUAAGUGUACGUCCAGGUUAUUACAACACAGGGCUAGCCUUCACUUAUCCAACAAAGAGAAGGUGUUGGAAGGUCUUUAGUAUUCUAAUCUUGUGGUAGCAUUAAUUUACCACGAUAAUUUAUAAUGAUCAAAACUGCAAGAUUUGACCUGAGGGAGAAUUUAAUUGUGGUAAAGUAUAAGUGUGAGAUAACCGAGCUUUUCACCAACAAAGCAAUUUCAAAAAUAAUUUCUUAGUAAAGAUCUCUUUGGAUGGGUUCUUAAUAUUCUGCCAAUUGAAAGUAACUUUGUCAAAUAUACUUGUGUGAUCAAUUAUCGACUUGUGACUAAGCCUAAAUUUACAGCUUCAAUUACUUCUUAUUAAGCACACAGUUAAGCUUUUGAAUUUUUCAUGACUGGGAAAAAAUUCUUUUUACAUCAUUAUCAGAAAGAACAUGUAUGUCUGACAGACGAGACUGCAGCUGCAGCAAUUAUUACUAACUCGUGAACAGGUUUUUUUCCAGAGUCCUAGCUAGAUUUCAAUAAGUAAAAGCACGGACUGCUAUGCUUUGAAAAUACCAGAAGUCGAUACCCGCGCAGUGUGAUAAUCGUGACUCCCCAACAUUGAGCAAUCAAUUGGAAAUUAGUCAAUUUGUUAAGAAUACUAUUAUUUUUCGUUCAUCAAAUUAUCAGCAAGAGGCACAAUUAUUUUAAGUUUGAAAAAAUAAAAGUCUUGCCAAAUAAAUAAAUAAUAACAAUAAUAACACUAUUCAUCGUAGACUGAGUAUACUGACUAACUGCAAAGAGUAAGUAUUUCACGUAUUGCUUUACCUGACUGGAUUUUUUCAGAAUUUGUUAACAUGGAUGUCAGAACGUGCACAGCCGUAUUUGUGCUGAUCAUUUUCACUGCAAGCUGUACACUAGAAAGCAAAGGAGACCCUGAAACGUAAGUUAUUUGCAAACUACUUUCUUAUACCUCAUUCCUAUAAAACAUUAAACAAUCGUAGUUAAAAUUCUUCAUUUAUCCUUCUUCCUUUGAAUUAAAAUCAUCUUCUUUUCAUAAAACAAAAAAAAUAAAUCGUCAGUAUGGUAAAUGAAUUUAUGGGUGUUUCAUUCCAUAACUGUGAGUAUGAAUAUCAAAAACGAAAUGCUGUGCUCAAAAACGUUUAAAUCACUGAAUAGAUAUGAACGACCUGAAAAAACAACGAAGCAAUUUAAACUGGUAAAGGUCGUGUGAUUUUCGUGGUAUUUGUAAUGAUUUAUUACUAAUUUUGUCAUAUUGUGGUUUCUUUUCGCAGAAAUAAAUAUAAGAAGUCUAUGGAGGAGGCAUACAAUUUGUCCUUAGCGAUCAACAAUAAUUUAGAAAAUUAUGAUAAAAAGUUGAGGCCCAACGCAGGAGGUAAAAGCCAACUUUAAGCUGCCAGAUGAGGGUGGAGGAGGGGGGAGUUAAUUCCAUUUUAAAAUGACUGGAGGGGCUAUCAUCUCUCUACGAGAUUGGUUGGUAGAUCGGUUGAUUAAGGACAAUAAAUUUCCAAGCACACAUUAAUCUGACACCUAAGGGUUCUUUUGGAAGAUUUUACGACUCACAUUUGUCGUUGUUUUGUUCUGUCUGUUUUUCUUUUUUUUCGUUGCUGUUAUUGUUGUUGUUUUUUUAACAAGAGUUAAACCCCCUCCCCAAGGCCAAAGGUUAGCAAAGUUUUAAUUAGUUACUAAGAGUCAUAUAUACUAUAAGAAAGAGCUUGGAUAUAUCAAACACAUUCGUUUAAAAGGUCACACCGGCCAUGGUACAAGGGAGGCUUGACUACAACCCGUUGCUAGGUUCAAGUAUUUUCGAACGAUCUUAAUAUCGUUUUUAAUCAAUAGCGUGUAGCAAACACUUCGAUAAUGGUAUAUAAACUAUAUUCUGAAAUGUACUAAUCCGUCAUUUAAAAUACCUGUCCUUUUUCAGUAUUAUGUGUCACACUGUCAGAACUCGACGACUUGACGACGACACUUAACUUAUAUCUUGUAACUAUAACAACUGGAUGUUCUUUCCUCUUAGGAGAAACGCUUACGACAAAAAAUAUUUGGACCAUCCCACAUUGUACUUCUAGUCCUCAACGUGCAAUCAUGCAAUAUAAAUAUAUUUUUCAAUACAACGUAUUUUAAUAUAUAGGUAAAUAUAUUAUAUUACCUGCAGGAGAGCCUGUCAUGGUGCAAGUUGAGUUUAAAGUUAUUUCGUUUGGCGAGAUAAUAGAAGCAAACAUGGUAAGACGUUUAAUAGUAGUUUUUAGGCACGUACACGUUUCAACGAGUUUCUGUAAGCUCGUUGGUGUUAUGUGGGUAAAUAAAUUAUCAUUGUUCUUACUGCUAUUGUUAGAACUAAAAAUUGUUACAAAUGUUUCCCAAUAACCAGUCUUUUGCGUGUUGCUAUUGAAAAAACGCUUUCUACAAAGGAAUGAAUGAUUAUGAUUAUAAUUAUAACCUUCACCAUUUUCACAUAGACCACUAAGCACCUUGUUUACCGCUUAAAAUUUUGCUAGCCAUUAUGAUCUAUGUAAUAAUGGUGAAAGUAAAGACAUCAUAAUCAUAAAACAUCAUAUAACAUCAUUAUGAUCUUAACCAGGAAUACAGCAUGGAUAUUUUCUUCCGCCAAUGGUGGAAGGAUCCCCGGAUGCGGCACAACUCAUCAAUUCCUUAUAAUAUCGCUUAUGACCCGAACAAGCUUGAGCUAUGGACACCAGACACCUACUUCUGGAACAUGAAACAUGCAAAAUAUCAUUACGUAACAAGAGAAAAUAUGCGCCUUAAAAUAUCAUCUGAUGGCGAGAUUUACUUCAGCACGAGGUAACAAGAUAUAUUUUCUUUUUCCUUUAUUUUUUACCGAAAAAAAAUGUUUCUUACAAUUUCCUAAUCUUUAAUCAAGAAGACUUCGAAAUUACCGUUUUAGCCGUUAAUUCGUCCCUUACCUAAAAUGUCUAUGGCAUAUCUACUAAAAAAUGUUUCUUUUUUACGUCAAUUGCGUUAUCAGGAUAACAAUUGUAGCUCAUUGCGACAUGGAUUUACGUCUCUACCCAAUGGACACUCAACAUUGUUCACUCAGAAUUGAGAGCUGUAAGUACGACAAUUUUGGAUUUUUUUCGUAUUUGAAGUCAAGUGCUUAGUGAUGUUAUCUUACGGAAUGGUAUAAUUGAUAUUUGUACAGUGAGUUUUCAGCUUCCUCAGUGGUUUUAAUCCGU